UGUUUCUUUAAAUGUGAGGAGACGUGCCCGGGGCGAGCUAGUCAAUGUCUUUUCGCUCGUGCUGAUUCACCUAGUCACUGUGGGGGAAACCAUGAAACAGACCAAGGUGCAAAAACUGAUGUAUAUAAGAAUACCGAAACACAAGACUGCAAUAAAAUAAAGAAAUAAAAAACUGAAAAACAACAUCGAAGAACGUCGUGCCAGCCUGCCUGGCAACCCUGCCGCCGUAUACUGGAGCCAUUGUUGAAGGAGGUUUAACCGAAAACACGUUGGGUAUAUAAUUAUAUACACACACGUCAGUCUCAGAAUUACAAGAUUGUAAUGUUGAUGACACACGGAUUAUAAGAAAUGUCUUUGCUAUAAUCAGUCGCUGUAGCACUAAGAGGAUAAACAGUUGCCUGGGAGAAAGACAAGCAACCGCAAAUGAAGUGUGAGAAUUGCACCAAGACGGAAUGCAGUAAGAAGCAGAAGAACGAUGAGAACCAAAGCUCCACCCGGGAAUCCGUCAACACGACGGAGGAGAAUGGAGAGACCAGUGAGUUUCACAAGCUGGCAGGUAAGCGGGUGUACCUGAGUGACUGCCUGGCCUGUGACAGGUGUGUCUCGGAGGAGGAGAGCCAGAGAAUUUCUCAACAGAACCAGAAGGAGCUGUUCGGGAUCCUAAACCUUAACAAGAAAUGCGAUACCUCAAAACACAAAGUGCUGGUCGCCUCCCUUUGCCCUCAGUCGCUGCCUUACUUUGCUGUGAAGUUAAACCUCAACAUUCCCGAGGCCACCAAGAAACUAUGCAGCUUCCUGAAAAGCCUGGGGUUCCAUCACGUGUUUGAUGCCACUCUGGCAUCUGACUUCAGCAUCCUGGAGAGCCAGAAAGAGUUUGUGGAGCGCUACAGGCAGAGGAAUCAAGACCAGCAGGCCCUGCCAAUGUUCACCUCUGCCUGCCCUGGUUGGAUUCGCUAUGCAGAGCGAGUGCUAGGCAGCCAGGUGACCCCUCACAUAUGCACAGCCAAGUCCCCCCAGCAGAUCAUGGGCUCCCUGGUCAAGGACUACUUUGCCAAACAGCAGGGGCUGGCCCCAGAGACGCUGUACCAUGUGGUGGUGGCUCCCUGUUUUGAUAAGAAGCUGGAGGCCCUGCGAGAGGAGUUCUAUAACAGCCUGCAGCACUCUCAGGAUGUGGACUGUGUUCUCACCUCAGGGGAAAUCAUUCACUUGAUGGAACAAAGCAAUGUGUCUGUGGAGGACUUGGAGUCCACCCCUUUAGAUCACGUGUUUGGGGACACAGAGGGGGCUGAUCUUGCCCGGCAUGAUGGGAGCGGGGCAGAGGGCUUCCUGGAACACAUUUUCAAGUUCUCUGCAAAGGAGUUGUUUGGAGUGGAGGUGGAGGAAAUAGUUUAUCAAUCACUAAAAAACCGUGAUUUCCAGGAGGUGACCCUGCAGAGGGAUGGAGAGCCGCUCUUGCAGUUCGCUGCAGUCUACGGCUUCCGAAACAUCCAGAACAUGAUCCAGAAACUGAAGAAGGGUCGCUUCCCUUACCAGCUGGUGGAGGUGCUGUCCUGCCCUGGAGGCUGCCUGAAUGGGAAGGGACAGGCGCACACAGAGAGUGGGAAAGCUGACAAGGCUCUGCUGCAGCAGAUGGGGGAGGUGUACACCAGCCUGCCUGUGCGACUGCCUGAGACCAGCGCCCAGGUGCACAGACUCUACAGGGACUGGCUGCAGGGGGCGGAGUCCCAGAAGACACAGGAGGCCCUGCACACUCGUUACAGGCCAGAGAACCCGGCCAGCAGCACUGCAGACUUCAAGUGGUAGUGUGGACGACCUUCUACAACAUCAAAGACUUCCUUAAACCAGAGCUAGCCCAGGCUUUCUAAAACCUUUGUUGCCUCGUAUCACCUGCAACAUUAUCAUUGCCAGCUUGUGCUGAAGGUCUUUUAAAUUCUUUGCAUGCUUUUUUUAAGGGUGUGCUGUUUUUAUUUUCAUAUAUGACACUAUAGAUGCCCUUCCUGUGCUGUAGGUCACAUGGUCUGAUUGUACAUACAACACAGAGAAAAGGGUACCAGAAACAAACAACUUUUAUUCUGCAUUAAAUAAGAUUAACAGACAACCAAGAAACCUUUGGCACAAGAAAUGCAGACUACUGGUAAAAAGGUAAAAUAAAGGAUUUUAAAGUCUUGGGUAUGACUCCUCCCAUAGCACUGUAUAUAGGGUGUAGAGCCACCAUCAGUCAAAUUGUUAGUGAGAGAUACGGGCCUACUCCUUGGUCUUACCUGAAGACAAAUUACAUUGAAUGUGUCAAACUUGCUCCACAGAUCCUGAGUAAUUGAACUCAGACCUCAACGGCAUGGGGGAGGGGUCCACUUGAGUUAUGGUGCCACUAUCCUUACCAAGUAGCAAAUAUCUAACACUUAAAAGGAACCACUGACUUACAGAACAAAACAGAACCCUUUGUUUGUCCCCCAAUACAAAUUCCAUUGCUUUAUAUGAAUCAACAUAAACAUUUUGUAAUUGGUUAUUUUGAAUCAGAAAACAAAUGUCCAGAGUUUGCAUGAACAAAGUCUGAACCUAAUCUGAUUAAAUCUUCCAACUCCGUUCCAGCUUGAAACUGGUUUGCAUUUAGACAAUAGCGAGGGUUUAGGAAUUGAUUACCUUGAAUCAGAUUAGAUGCAUAUAAAGAAGGCUAUUAUGAUCUGAUCACUACUAGCUUCUGUGUAUUUCUUAGAAGUACAGUCCACCCCUGUUAACAUCAAAGAGCUUUACCCCAUUCUGCUAAAUGCAGCCCCUUGGUAAACAAAGCCACACAAGGAAAAAUGUUGUAGGUUACAGAAUGAUACUCUGCCAGCCACGGGAAACUAUUCACAGAAUUGCGUCUUCAUCUGGACAACCUGAUUCGCUGCUGUGCAUGAAAAGAACAGACUGUCGUUAUUCAUUCUUAUAUUUUGUGUAUGUUGUUCCUGCAGGAAGUCAAACAUACCCGAUGAUAAAAAUCAACCAGAGAAUGGAAAUUGAUUCAUCACUUUACUGAGUCAACCACCCUUUGAUGCAGUCGAGUUGGUUGAUUUAAAUGAAUCAAUUUAUUUUAGAAGAACAUAAUUACUUUUAUGUUUGGUGGCAUCUUUAUCUGCUAGAAGGAUAGCGACAUCAUAAUUAGGAGGCAAUUGUAGCCAAACUGAGACUUGUGUGUUAGUUAAAACCAAUGGGUCACUUUGCAGUGUUGCUUUGGAAAAACAGUCCUAAGCAAUUUAAGGUAUUCUGUCCUCCAGGAGUUAAUAGGAUAACCAAAGGUUUUGCAUCACAUAGACGUUUAGGAUUGAGACCAUUUAAAAAAAUAUAUAUAUAUACACAUGUAUAUUCACACACACACACACACACAUAUAUAUAUGUAUGUAUGUGUGUGUGAGAACAUAAUUUAGGUAUUUUAAGUAACUACAAAAUGAUAUCAGAUGUGUUGCAAAACUUUUGGCCAUAGCUGUAUUGGUGUGAGAUUUACAACAGUGCCCUCUAAAGGCCAUUGUGGUGCUAGUCCUAGAAUAGUCUGGACUGCUCAUUUGUAUCAUCUGUUCAUGUGUUUACUGAGUGAGUUGAACUGGUUUCAGUACAGGUUGACUUUACUGUCUUAGGUGUCUCAAGCGACAUGUUUCAUUUUGUAUUAAUUUUUUUAGCUUUACUUAAAGCAGAGAGUUUCAAAUUACAUUUUCUUGUUUACCCAAGUUCAAGCUCCCCUGCGGUUCUAGUUCCUUGGACAUACGUAACUUCUGGGUAGAUCAUCCAGAGUGUAUUUAUGGGAUGAAGUGCCAGUGUCAUCAUCAUCAUGAUCAUGAUGUGCUCAGCUACUUCUGAUCAAGUGUAUGUUAGAAUUACUGGCACUAAUGUGAAGACACUUUGCCUAGAUCUAGCUGUGCUAACUCUAGACAUUACAUACUGUAUGUCUUUGGCAGGCAAUUACAACUAAAGCUCUUGAACUCGAGUCAAAACACUAUACACAAUAGUUGAGUGAUUGCAAUAAGAAGCCCUCAGAAUGCUGCAAUCAUACAAAAGUAAUAGAAAAUGUAAUCCGAUGCUACAUAUUCAAACUCUAUGCAGAUCUGCAGGACCUGUUUUCCAGAUAUCUAGAUAUCUUUCCCUAGACUCUGGAAACCAUAACCAUGUCACGUCUGCCAACUAGAACCAAAAACAAGAUGUGAAAUACGCAAACCACCUGGAGCUUCAUAUGCCUGGUUGUGUUGUAUGGGAAGUUAGUUUUAAGGUUUAUAUUAAAACUCCAUAUACAGUGUGAUCUUAUCAACAAACUGGGAAGACAACUUGAACUGGAAUGCAGACAGUAGAACUACAGUGAGAAUGCAACGAUUCUGUCCUGUUGAGAUGUGUGUAGGGUGUCUCCAUUAGGGUUACACAAUGAUAACUGAAAAUCCACAUUAUCUGACAACUUGAUUCACCACUGAGUUGAUUAUCCUGCUUAAAAUAGUUCAAAUUCAACUGAUAUUCAUUGACAAUGCCAUUCCUAAAUACCACUUAUAAUAUAAAAAAUAUAUUUAAUAUUGACUGCUACUAGAGUUAGCACAGAGUAGUUGACUAGAUAGGUGACCACUGACAUGGAAAUUGGAAGUCAGACUAAUUGCACACUUCAAUUUCAAAGCUGAAGCAGUAACCUCGUAAUGUUUUUGUGUGUUUUCGGAGUGAACUAGCAAUCCCAAUAUUUUAAUUGUAUUCAGCAUUUGAAAUUUAAACGUUAAGCAAUUGUGAAGUGUGCGGUUGCAUAUAAAUAUCAUUUCGCAGACCUGUUUAAACAUUAAAUAAACCCAAGUAGACAGUAUUUCAGAACACUAUAAAGCCUAAAAAUAGUGGUACUUGCUUCCUUACUAAAACAGAGUGCUGUCAUUUGUUAAAGGCUAGCAGGCAACAUCCCCCAGCUGUUGACUUGUCCAUACAGUGAGACUGCACGUUCUGCAUCCACUGAAUUGGUUGGAAGUUAAGGUAAAGCUUUGCCAAGUUAUACAGAUGUGGAAAUCGAUUAGAAGCAGCCUCAAAACUCAUUUACCUAAGAUCGUCUGGCAUACUUUAAUAAAGGCAAUGUAUGCAGCA